GUGUUGUUUUCCAUUACACUUGUACGCUUUCAUAUCUCUCCUUUCCCUUUACUUCCACUUUCUCUCUUUCUCUCUCCUUUGCGCGUGUGUGUGCUUUUGCUUGAUAUUGUACCGACAUGACUCCAACCUAAUGGGGUUAACUCUGCUUCUGCGUAGGAUUCGAUGCUGCUACUCCCUCUUCAGUUUCCACAACUGAGUUUCAUAUCUCCUUUCCGUUGAUGCUUAUGCUGAAGACUGGAUAAAAAUCUGAGGAAGUUGUUUACUGUACACAAAAAAAUAUUAAGUUAGAAAUCAUUUUUUGGAGGCUGUAUAUGGCGAUGCAAACUGUUUAUCUGAAAGAACAUGAAGGAAAUGCACACAAUUUUGUGGGGCAGUUGUCAUCUGCAGCUUCAGCACCCUGGUGGAGUGCUUUUGGAUCUCAAUCGGUUCAUGGGGAGUCUUGUGGUCAAAUGAAACCGUUUUCAUUGGAGCUGCCUAACUGCAUAGACCAACUUGCUGCCACUAAGCCAUCGACAAGAGGAGCUGAACAAGUUUUGGGUAAAGGACUUACAACUCAGUUUACCAUCUUUCCAGAUGAUUGUAAAAUGUCAGAUGAUGCACAAAAGCUUCAAACAACCAUAUCACUGCAGUCAUCACUUGCUGACCCCAACUCUCGUUUUGAGAUAGGAUUUAGUCAGCCCAUGAUAUGUACAAAAUAUCCUUAUACGGAUCAAUUUUACGGGCUGUUCUCAACCUAUGCACAGCAAAUUUCGGGGCGUAUAAUGCUGCCACUUAACAUGACAUCUGAUGAUGGACCAAUUUACGUAAAUGCUAAGCAGUACCACGGAAUCAUUAGACGCCGGCAGUCCCGUGCCAAAGCUGUACUUAAUCACAAAUUGACUAAACGUCGCAAGCCCUACAUGCACGAAUCACGCCAUCUCCAUGCAAUGCGGCGACCAAGAGGAUGUGGGGGUCGCUUCUUGAACACAAGGAAUUCUGUUAGUGGAAAUGGUAAGAGCGGAAAUGAAGUGCAUAAAACAGUUGAACAAUUGCAUUCCGGUGGCUCUCAGAGUUCUGAAUUCCUUCAAUCUGAGGUUGGAACUAUGAACUCAUCAAAGGAGACUAAUGGCAGCAGUCCAAAUAUUUCUGGUUCUGAAGUAACUAGCAUGUAUUCGCGGGGAGGCCUCGACAGCUUUUCCCUCAAUCAUCUUGGAUCUGCUGUCCACUCUCUGGCAGACAUGAUCGAUGGUGGGCGUGGUAUGAUCAUACCCCCCAAAUGGGUUGCAGCAGCAGGUAAUUGCUGCAACCUUAAAGUUUGAUUUGCAACAUCCUUGUUGAGACCAGAUGAAGAAGCUUUGUUUCAGUUGAUUGUGUUGGCUGUGACAAGUUUCGUUCUGUAGGAUCGUCCUAACAUCUGGUCUAGGCAAUCCAUCCUUGGCUCAUGCGUAGGCAAUCCAUCCUUGGCUCAUUAUUGUACUUGUAGGCAACUCAUCCUUGGCUCAAUGUACCUGUAGUAGUAGUAGUACUGUCUUUGUCUUUUUGCACUGGAAUGUCUUUGGCAUGGUACAAAACCAAUGACUUGAUAUCCUGAUGCAGAAGACAACUAUGUGUCUUUGUGUGAAAAUAAAAAGCUUGAAACUCUAGUUUUCUGUGCUUCUAAUAGUUGUCUAAACGUGGUGUUGUAUUCUGUAUUUCUGACUUUGAGGAGCAAUGUAUUAUAGAACUUUGUCCUGUGAUCUUUGUAAGAAAAAUAAAGCAUUGGUGUGUUUUUCUCCUCA